GAAGUUCAGAAACUUGAGUCUUCUAAAUACAAGUCUUUCUUUUUUAGACCAAUCUCUCCUUUUCAACACAUACAUACAACAAUGGGUUUUCGUUUACCUAGUAUCAUCAAAAGGGCAUCAUCUUCAAAAGGUGUCGAUGUUCCAAAGGGAUAUCUAGCAGUGUAUGUUGGAGAGAAAAUGAAGCGGUUUGUGAUUCCUGUAUCAUACUUGAACCAAACCUCAUUCCAAGAAUUGUUGAGCCAAGCUGAGGAACAAUUUGAAUAUGAUCAUCCAACGGGUGGUCUCACUAUUCCUUGCAGAGAAGACGUUUUCUUAGAGAUCACUUCUCGUUUGAAUUGAAUUGGCUCUCGGAAGAUACCAUAAGAUUGACGUAGAUAUUUGACCCAUUUUUGUAGCAGUUUAGUUUCUCACCUUUAGAAGAUUUAUCUUUUGUUGUUAUGAUACUUGUUUAUGAAAAAGUUCACCUCAAUGAGAAAUUUAUAACA